UUAUGUGGAAUUCUAUAAAAUAAGCCUUAAACGGUGAUAAAAAACAAAAUAAUAAAUCCAGAUCGCCAACUAAAAACUGUAGAAUUCAAAAAUAGGAAGCAUAGAUUUCUUAAAUAGAUCCAAAUCUAUAAAUUAAAAAUGCUUAAAAGAUGAUAGAAUUAGGUAUGAAAUACUUUGAGAAUCAAUAAUAUUCUAUGGCUAAAGUUGUUUUAGUGAACAGUUCUUAAAUAUUAUUACCAGUGAUAAAAUAAAAAAGUAAUAAAGCAUUUUAUUUAGAGUUAAACCAAGAAGAACAUCAAAAUGAAUAUUAAUAAUUAAUAAAAGCCAUUAAUACAGCAAUUAAUACAGCAGAAAUUUGUACUAAGAAAGUUGAGCAAAUUUAAUAAAGUUUAGUAAGAAUUUUAAAUUAUAAGGCUUCAUAAGAUCCUUAUAGUAAAUAAAUAAUAGAGACUGCGAUGAUAAGAAAAUGCGAUGUUUCAUUUGAUUAGAUUAUAGGCUUAGAAAGCAUUAAAAAUUAAUUGGAAGAAGUUAUUGUUUUGCCAAAUUUAAGACCUGAUAUUUUCACAGGAAUUAGAGCACCUCCAAAAGGUUAAUUUUUUAUAAAAUAUGUAUAGGUAUAUUAUUUUAUGGGCCACCUGGAAAUGGAAAGACUUUAUUGGCAAAAGCUGUAGCUAAUUAAAUUAAAUGUUGUUUUUUUAAUGUUAGUGCUUCAACAUUAGUAUAAAAACAUCUUGGAGAAGGAGAAAAAUUGAUGAAAACUUUGUUUAAGGUUGCAUUUCAAUUUUAACCAUCAGUAUUAAGUAAAUGAUAUUAUUUAGGUAAUAUUUAUUGAUGAAAUUGAUUCUAUUUUAUCAAGCAGAUCAAGUGAGGAGCAUGAAGCAAGUAGAAGGCUAAAAACUGAAUUUUUAGUUUCAUUUGAUGGAAUGCAAACAACUGAUUAAGACAGAAUUUUCUUAAUAGCAGCUACUAAUAGACCUUAAGAUAUUGAUGGGGCUGUUUUAAGAAGAUUUGUAAUAAAAUAAAAAUAAUUAGAAUGUUAAAAUAUUAAUUGAUUAGCCAGAUUAGAAAGCUAGAUUAGGAUUAGUUAGAUCACUUAUGUCUAAAGUGAAUCAUUCUAUUUUAGAUCCAGCAUUAGAUAAAAUAUGCGAAAAAUUAGCUGGUAAUAUGAUCUUUUUAGUUAGGUUAUUCUGCAAGUGAUAUUAAAGCUGUAGUUAAGGAAGCUUGUAUGUAACCAUUAAGAGAGGAUAAAAAUGCAAUAGUUGCUAUGUCUGCAUAAAAUAUAAGGCCAGUUAGAAAAGAAGACUUUGAGUUUGCAAUUAAUAAAGUUAAGCCAUCGUUAACAUAAAAACAAUAUCAAGAAUAUAUUAGCUUUAAUAAAUCUGCAUAAUGA